UCCAGAAACGACAUGACUGUCCACAUCCACCGUUCAACAUGUCUUUCUCAAUGUUAUGGUUUCUUCCAGUCUUGGUGCAAAGAGCAGUCGCAGUGAUAUGUCUGCUGUCGCUGUACCCAUUUUUCUUAGCUAUCCGCAACAUUUUUUUCCACCCCCUUUCGAAAUAUCCGGGUCCGUGGCUUCGAGCGACCUUCUUCUGGCCUGAGUUAUGGACAACGCUCACUGGAAAUUCCGUGCCUACGCACAAAGCGCUUCAUGAUCAGUACGGCCAUGUCGUUCGUAUUGCGCCCGACGCACUGUCAUACAACGACCCACAGGCCUGGAGAGACAUCCAUGGAUUUCCGGAAAAGGGAAAACCGCAGAUGCGAAAAGACCGCACAGGCUUUGGAGACUCACCUGACGACGAGAACAUUCUUGUCGCAAACGACAAUGACCAUGCUCGCAUCAGGAAGCUACUGUCGCAUGCUAUGUCCGAUGCCGCCCUGCGAAAACAGGAGCCUAUCGUUGCAGCGCAUCAAGAGAAUCUCCUAGAGAAGUUUUACGCACGUAUCGAGGGACCAGAAAAGGGCAUCACAGACCUCACUCACUGGUGCACGUUUACCGCUUUCGACAUCAUUGGCGAUAUCGGCCUGGGCAGUUCCUUCGGAGCUGUGGAUGCUGGCGGAUACCACUCGUGGAUCGCAAAUUUAUUUGCGUCCAUCAAGUUCUUGGGCAUCCUGCGGGUUGCGGAAACGUACAAAUGGGUUGGCCGCCUGAUGCACUGCGCGAUGGAAACGUUUCCGGCCAUGCAAAAAUCUCGCGAUCUGCAUAUCAAGUUGACAAAAGACAAGACAUUGGGAAGAAUGAAGACAGUUACAGAGAGGGAAGACUUCAUGACCCAUGUGAUGAAGUAUCCAUCCAACGAUCCGCGCUCCAUGAAUGAGAAGGAAACCGUGCAAACUUUCGCUUUCCUCAUUGUGGCUGCUACCGAAACAGUUUCAACGGCGGCUUGUGGAGCGAUGUACCUUACCCUCAGUCAUCCCCACGUCCAUCAGCGUUUGCGUCAAGAGAUUCGGGACGCUUUUCCCACGAAAGAAUCCAUAAGAUAUUCCACAAUUGCAACCCUUCCAUAUCUAAACGCCGUCAUCGAAGAGUCUCUUCGGCGAUAUACCCCAGCUCCCGCCAGCUUUCCGCGGCGGACUACGGUCGAGGGCAAUGUCAUCUGCGGCGAAUACGUCCCACCCAACAUGCAAGUAGCAGUGCACCAAUGGAGCACCUACCUAAGCGAAUCCAAUUUUGCCGACCCGUUGACCUUUGACCCCGACCGGUGGUUGGAGCCUACUCCAGAGAAGUACAAGAAUGACAAAAAACAUGCGCUUCAACCGUUUGGGUUGGGACCGCGAGGAUGCAUCGGGAAGAAUAUAUUCUAUCUCGAGGUGAGAAGCUUGCUCGUACGUCUCUUCUGGCAUUUCGACAUUGAACUGUGCGAGGAGAGCAAGAAUUGGAUGGACCACAAGGCCUUCCUUAUGUGGGAAAAGCCCCAAUUAUUAGUAAAGCUCUCAAAGAGGCAGGAAGGCGUAUAAGCAGGGAAGCACUUCAGACAACCGUUUGAACGCCUGCAGGUGUAUAUGUUUAUUUUGCUCAACCACUGGAAUUGGGCGUCAGGCAUUUUGGACACGAUUACCCGGUGUGGACCACCAUAUUCCCCUUGUGUUAUUGCUCUAUGGUAGCUAUAGAGAACAUUGUAAUAGUAUCUUUCAAGAAUAGAUAGUUUGAAGCCAUCUUCAGUUCAUUCUGGCCAGCAUACUGCACGAUGCAUGCACUUCUCAAUAGAUGAGCAGUUCUGAGUCGGGGAUGUCGAGG